AAUAUUUUGUAGAAAGUUUUAAUCCAACAUCAUGGAAGCCACGUUCGCGGCGUUCUCAAAAUUCGGAGACUCAAAAUCAACAGGAAAGGAGUUGGAUAAUAAAAAGUUAAGCAAGCUGUGUAAAGAUACAGGGAUAAUGGGAAAACUUGUCACUUCUACAGAUGUCGACAUUUGCUUCUCCAAACACAAACCAAAAGGAGGUAGGACCAUUACCACGAAGGAGUUCAAGGCUCUUCUGGAGGAUUUAUCUGUAAAGAGGUUCCCGAAACUGAGUCCUGAAGAGAGGAAGGCGGCUAUGGAGAAGCUGGUUUCAGACAAAGGACCUCAAACUGCUGGCACCACGAAAACAGCAAAGGGUGGAGCAACUGGAAGACUCACGGAUACGAGCAAAUAUACAGGUUCACACAAGGAGAGAUUCGGAGCGGACGGAAAAGGAAAAGGUCUGGAGGGACGAGCGGACUUGGCGGACAACUCCGGAUAUGUUGGGAACUACAAGGGCGCUGAUACUUUCGACGGAACUCAUUGAUAAAUGAGUGGACCGUGCUGGUAGAGACUGAAUUUUUGAAAUAAAAUAACUGUUUCAGUUUCUCAAGUUCCAUCAUCGCAUUGCAAUUUGCAAUCAAUAUGAUACGUUCGAUCAGUGAUAUUUGUGGUUAAACCAGCUAGUCUAUUAAUUUUCAAUUUCGUAAUUACAGUAACAAUUAUCUGCAGUUAAUAUGAGAUGCUUAGAACUAGAAUCUGCACUUUAUUUUACAACAGAGAUUUCAAUUUCAGAUUUAUGAUAUAUCUCAAGUGAUUAGGUCAGAAAUAAUAAUUUGCAGAAUUUUCCAAAAAUCAG